CAUUUCUAUGGUGGAGUAGUUGAACCACAGUUGCAUUUAAUUACAAGAAUUUCUUGGUUGUUUCUUUGUUUCUUUUCAUUUCUUUUCUUCUUGUUUUACACUUUUUCUGUUUUCACUGUGAGAAGAACAAGAAGAUGGCUACACUUGUUGUACCUCCAAUUCCACCUUCUCCUAGAGAUGAUGCCAUGCAACUUUACCGUGCUUUCAAAGGAUUUGGCUGUGACACAAGUGCUGUGAUCAAUAUUCUUGCUCAUCGAGAUGCGACGCAGCGCGCCUAUAUCCAACAAGAAUAUCGAACAACAUACGCGGAGGAGCUUUCUAAACGCCUAAUUUCAGAGCUGAGCGGAAAGUUAGAGACUGCAGUUCUGCUUUGGAUGCCUGACCCUGCAGGACGUGACGCAGAAAUCAUUAGGAAGUCUCUAAUUGUGGACAAAAACCUUGAAGCUGCUACCGAAGUAUUAUGUUCGCGUGCUCCAUCCCAACUCCAAUAUCUAAAACAGUUAUACCAUUCAAAAUUCGGUGUUUAUCUCGAGCAUGAAAUCGAAUCAAACACUUCUGGGGAUCUUCAAAAGAUCUUGCUCGCAUAUGUAAGCACCCCUCGCCUGGAAGGCCCCGAGGUCAAUAGAGAAAUCGCUGAGAAGGAUGCAAAGGUUCUCUACAGAGCCGGGGAAAAGAAACUCGGAACUGAUGAAAAGACUUUUAUCCAAAUAUUCAGUGAACGAAGCGGCGCACAUUUGGUUGCCGUCAGUGCUUAUUAUCAUGACAUGUACGGUCACUCAUUGAAGAAGGCAGUAAAGAAUGAAACAUCGGGGAAUUUUGGUCACGCACUUCGGACAAUAAUACAAUGUGCUCAUAAUCCAGCAAAGUAUUUUGCAAAGGUGUUGUAUAAGGCAAUGAAAGGUUUAGGGACUAAUGAUACCACACUCAUAAGGGUCAUCGUAACAAGGACUGAGAUUGAUAUGAAAUACAUCAAAGCUGAAUAUGCCAAGAAAUAUAAGAAGACAUUGAAUGAUGCAGUUCACUCUGAAACAUCUGGCAACUAUAGGGCUUUUCUUCUCGCACUUUUGGGUCCGAAUAAUUAGUCAAAGAUGUUCAAUCAUGUUUCGUUAUGGGAUAUUUUCAAACUUCGAUGUUUAGAUGUUCUCAACUUGGUAGUUUUAUGUUCUUUGUGUUGCAUUUGUAAGCAUUAUCAUGAACUUGCAUUCGAGUUUCAGUUAGGGACGUGUAUUGUCAGCAUAAUUUACAUAUUGAAGUGUUGUUAUUUAUUGAGUGGAACAAUAUUUUCAAAACCUACCGGAGAUCGAGAUCGAAUUGGCGACGCCUUCAAGUGAUGGUUCAAUCGAUUGAAUCACAGUUCGAUUUGGUUCCGAUUUGGUUCCGAUUUCUGACAAAGUAAAAACCAUCUAUGCGUUGAACCAA